AACAAUUGGUUGAAGGCCUUGAAGCAUGAUUUCAAAAGGUUCAUAUUCUGACCAUCAAAUCAGCAAGCAAUCAAAAUUCACAUAAGACUGAUACAAACAAAAUGAUAAAUCUACAGAAAAAAGACACCAAAAUUUUCAAUCACAAUGUCCCAACAGUCAAAACUCCCUUUUCUCAGCUUUCCCGAAAAGCAAAAACCUCAAACAAACCCUCUCAAUUCAUUCUCCCACUCACUCACUCCCUUCACUCCUUCCUCUUCACUCCAACUUCACUUACUUUCUCUCUCCUCCAUUCUCAGACCUUUUACUCUCUCCAAUGCCAAAUCUCACCAAACCCUCCUUCUUCUUCCUCCUCUGUUUCUUCCUAUUACUCUGUUUUUCUCCAUCCUCCAUUAAUGGCGGCUCAAUUUCAUCUUCUUCACCUUCAGAUGUUGAGCUUCUUCUUUACAAAAUCAAACCCACUUUACAAGGAAACUCAGAAAGUCUCCUCCUUUCUUCAUGGAACUCAACCAUUCCUCUCUGUCAAUGGCGAGGCCUCAAAUGGGUGUUCUCCAAUGGCACUUCUUUAGCUUGUGAUUCUCUCUCUUCUCCUCAAUGGUCUAGUCUUACUCUCUUCAAAGACCCUUCAAUUCACAUUCAAUCACUUCAGCUUCCUUCAGCUAAUCUUUCUGGUUCAAUUCCUCGAGAAAUUGGGGAACUCUCUGCUCUUAAAACCCUAUAUUUGAGUGUCAAUUCUUUGUCUCUUGGGGUACCCUUAGAACUUGGGUACAGUUCUUCUCUUACAGAUAUUGAUUUGGGGCAGAAUUUGCUUACUGGGUCUCUUUCUCCUUCAAUUUGGAACCUAUGUGACCGCCUCGAAUCACUUCGGCUUCAUGGUAACUCUCUCUCUGGCUCUAUCCCUGCUCCUGCUUUGCCUAAUUCUAGUUGUGAUAGUUUGAAAGUUCUUGAUUUAGGGGAUAAUAAAUUUACUGGGUUGUUUCCUGAUUUUAUUACUAGGUUUAGAAAUAUUCAAGUUCUUGAUCUUAGUUAUAAUUUGCUUACUGGGGUGAUUCCUGAGGGUUUAGGGCAGUUAAAAUUUGAUCAAUUGAAUUUGUCUUAUAAUAAUUUUAGUGGGGUUUUGCCUAAAUUUGGGGAGAGUAAGGUUGGGGCUGAGGCAUUUGAAGGGAACAAUCCUGGAUUAUGUGGGUACCCUUUAGGGGGUUGUAGUGGUAGGACUAAUUUGACUCCUGGUGCAAUUGCUGGUCUAGUGAUCGGGUUGAUGACGGGUUCUGUGGUUGCUGUGUCGAUUUUGAUCGGGUAUUUGCAAAACCGGAGGAGGAAGAAUAGGAGGGAGAAUGAGGAUGAUGAAUUGGAGGAAUGUGAAGAGGAUGAUACUGCUGGUGAAACUGGUGAAGCUAAGCUUGUUGUGUUUCAAGGCGGCGAGAAUUUGACACUUGAGGAUGUCUUGAAUGCUACCGGACAGGUUAUUGAGAAGACGAGCUAUGGAACAUCUUAUAAGGCUAAGCUUGCUGAUGGAGGGACUAUCGCGUUGAGGUUGUUGAGAGAAGGUUGUUGCAAGGAUAGAAGUUCUUGUUUGCCUGUGGUAAGGCAGUUGGGUCGUAUUCGACAUGAGAAUUUGGAUCCAUUAAGAGCUUUUUAUCAAGGAAAAAGAGGAGAGAAGUUGCUCAUCUAUGACUAUGUUCCUACCAGAACUCUCUUUGAGCUUUUACAUGAACCUAAGCCAGGGAAGCCAGUGCUAAAUUGGGCUCGACGCCACAAAAUUGCACUUGGUAUAGCCAGAGGACUAGCAUAUCUUCACACAGGCCUAGAGACUACGAUGACUCAUGGGAACGUGAAAUCCAAGAAUGUACUUAUUGAUGACUUCUUUGUAGCUAGACUUACUGAAAUUGGGGUAGACAAGCUGGUGAUCCCAGACGUAGCUGAUGAAAUGUUGUCUCAACUGAAGACAGAUGGAUACAAGGCUCCUGAGCUUCAAAAAAUGAAUAAAUGCAAUCCAAGGACUGAUGUCUAUGCAUUUGGUAUUUUGUUGCUUGAGAUUUUGAUAGGAAAAAAGCCUGACAAAAACUCCCGAAGUGGUGAUUAUAUGGAUUUACCAUCGAUGGUGAAAACAGCUGUUUUGGAGGAGACAACAAUGGAGGUUUUCGACGUUGAGGUUUUGAAGGGAAUAAGAAGUCCCAUGGAAGACGGGUUGGUUCAUGCAUUGAAGCUUGCGAUGGGUUGCUGUGCUCCAGUGGCUACUGCUAGACCCACAAUGGAGGAAGUACUGAAGCAGUUGGAAGAAAACAGACCGAGAAACAGGUCUGCUUUGUACAGCCCUACUGAAACUAGAAGUGGGACAGGUACUCCCUUUUGAUCUUCCUUCACCAUGUUUUUUUUUUUUUUUUUUUUUUUUUUAGAUUGAGAGGUAAAACUUGUCUAUCUGUACUGCUGUAGGAAAAAAUCUCCUUAAAUUGAUACGAUUUUCUGUGCAUGUAAUUUGUGGCAGAAGUAGUGGAAUCAUGCACAGUGAUUCAUUAUCUGUUGUAGGUUUCUCAUCUAAUUCCUAUAUUAUGAUGUAAUUGUGUUAAAAUGAUGAGAUUUAUUAUAAACGUUGUGAUUGUAGCAAAGUAACUAAAUACAUUUAUUAACUAUGACUACAGGGUGAUAUAUCUCCAGUUCUGAUUAGCUAGCUCAUAUACACCACUUCUUUUUCUUUCUGAAUGCAUUUGGUAUGGUUUAUAAUUGUCGAAAAUGUACAGAAUUAGAAUGGUUUGUUCUGUCUAAGAAACCUCGAUAAUAGAUUCUUCCAGCAUCUCAUGUUAGAUACUCUGUGGGGCUGGCGAAGAUGUCAAUAUCGGUGGUUGGAUGUCUUCCGUAUUGCAGUUUCUUCCCAGAUGCAAAGUACAUGACUGAUGG